AUGAAGAGCAACAACAACAAUAUGGCCUCUCUCUUGGGUGCCUUCUUCUACACAUUCCUCAUUGCAAUCGCUAAUGCUUCAAGUGAAUUCAAAGUUGGUGAUAGUGUGGGUUGGCGAGAACCUGAUGCCAACAAUACCCAGAUUUACAAUCAGUGGGCUGCCCAUAACAGAUUUCUAGUUGGAGAUUCCCUCAAUUUCGAGUAUAACAAAGAGGACUCAGUUCUUGUGGUGGAUAAAUUUGGUUACUAUCACUGCAAUACAACAAAACCCAUCUCUGCAUUCAAUGAUGGAAAGACUGUAAUAAAGUUAGAUAACCCUGGACCUUUCUACUUCAUUAGUGGAACACCAGAUCACUGCAACAAUGGACAGAGAAUGGUGGUUAACGUACUGGGUUUACAUCCAAUCCCACAAUCUCCUCCUCCUUCUUCAUCAUCUAUUGCUAAUCCACCUCAAACUUACAUGAAUACUGACUCUCCUUCACCAUCACCAAAUCAAAACUCAGGAAUCUCCAUCACCAGUACUGUUUCAUUGAUUCCCUUUGUUUUGACUCUUGUCAUUACUUCAGUUAUGUCAAUGGCAUGA